GGUCCCUUCACGGCUCCACCCCUAUUUUUCAUUACUCUAUCACUCCAUCUUUGCUCCACCUUCUUUCUAUUUUUCUCUCUCCUACACCCUUUAUAUCAACUACCUGUUAUCUCUUGUUGUCUCACCUAAAAAAAACUCACCCCAAACAAAUGAAGCUACUUCCUCUCCCAUCUCUUUUCAAGCCGAAAGAUUGGCCAUUAUGUACACAACAACCCAAGACAUCGUCCUUCAGAAUAACGACGAUGAAAGACGACAUAUAUAAGACUAUCAACUCCAUGUACUUCGACAACGAGGCCGAUGCCGUCGAGACGCCGGACUCAUGGUUUACAAACUCGUCCGAGGCAGGCAGUUUGUCGACCAGUGAGUACGACGACUCGUUGAUGUCUAUCUCGGGCGAGUCUCAUCUAGAGGCGAUCGUCCGCGGGGCACAACAGUCGUCUUCCGCGGACCAUCGCCUCUUCUUCGACCCGGGCGAGUCGCACUCGCCAAAGAUACGUGAUGAUGAUAAAAGGGCGAAGAUUAUUGGUAAUGGUAACAAAAAGAGGCCGUUUAAAAAGUCUAUAGCAAUGUCGCUUGUGAGUGAUCACCCGUACGAGGACUUUAAAAGGUCGAUGGAAGAAAUGGUGGAAAGUCUUGGAGUAAGAGAUGAUUGGGAAGGGUUAGAAGAGUUGCUUCGUUGGUAUUUAAAGGUGAAUGGAAGGGAAACUCAUGGGUAUAUUAUUAAUGCAUUUGUUGAUUUAGUUGAUGGAGUUAUCGGUAAAGAUAAUUCGAGUGAUUAUGACCAUGAAGCUAUUUCUAAGUCUACUACUUCUUUCUCAUCUGCUGCUUCCUCCCUUUCUUCCUCAACUUCUAGCUUAGAUCAUAGUAUGAACAUUAGUUGAUUUUUCUGUAUUACUUUUUCUAUUAUUUUGGCUGGUUGUGAGUGACUUUUUUGCCCUUUGAUUGUAUAGUAUGGUGAAUAUAUAUCCUGUAAAUGCUGCAAAGUUAAUUAGUUUAAUGAGAUGGAAAUUCGGGUUCCCUCAA